UAAUAUUAGGGUUGUCUAACUUAAUUCCUUCAGAUUUCCGAACUCGAAACUGUUGGUACUCUGGAGUUCAUAUUGAUUCGGAAUUCAUACCGAAAUCCACAUGAAAUUCAGAACGUAAGUUUCCGGCACUCUCGGAUAUGAUUCGGAACUCAUUACAAACUGGUACGGUAGCUUGAAGCAUCCGACUGAAAACGAAGGGAAGAUAUGGCAAUUUCUUUAUGGGGACUGAGUUUUCAGAAACUUUUCAAUCGAAAUAUUUCAUACAGGCGUAGUGGGUUUGACACAACCCUGCAUAAAAGGGCAAAAUGUCAAAAUAAUCUCCAAAUUCAUGAAUUUGUAUUCGCUUCGAAAAUGCAUUUAAUAUAUUCCUAGCCAAAGGUUAACAUACGUUCAAUUAUUAGUUCCUGUCCGAAAGCGCGUAUCAUUUGAUUUAAGUCAGGUGUUUUAAACUGAGCUUACCUCAAACAAAAUGGAAAUGCUAGAAUUCGCCAGUAUUCAACUUCCGGAGCAAGUUACCCUACCUUUCGCGAUUUCCUGCUCCGCUGGGUAUCACGUGGUAUCAGCAAAGGGUUACAUAGAAAUCUUGCAGCUGAAGUACAAACAUAUCAACGAGGACUCCACACUGAAUUACUGCAUAGAUCGUAUCGAGUGUUCCAAAUUAAAACCAACCGGACGAAUCGCUACGAAAGAAAGUGCGCUAUAUAACAACAGCACUCGCGAGGAACGAAUCAAACUCAUGCUCGAUCAAACUAUCAUUCCGAAUGUUGCCACAUUGUAUACAAAUAUAGUAAUGGCCGUUGCUUCUCCUCCUGGAAUUCUGGAGGAUUACUCUAGUUGUUUGAUAAGCCAUUUGACUAACCUAGGUCAGCUGACGUUACAUCGACUUAACAAAGAUUCUAACGAAUGGGUUCCGUAUAUUGACGCAUCUGCAGUUUGGCUGGCGCACAUUUACGAUGACCGACUUGUUCUGAAUUUUGAUCGUAUGCAGUCAUUAGUGCGGGAGGCUCUCUUUACUGCCUUCACCUGGCGAAAUGAGGUAUUUCGCCAAGUGGCCUAUAUAGCAGCAGGAACCAAGUCCGGCAAGGUAGUUAUUUUUAGUUUGUACUCAGACAGUGUUCGAGUAGAGUAUGUUGCUUCUGCAUCGGAUGCGGUUCGAAGUCUCAAGUGGAUCACUGUUGCAGAAGAUCGCAACUUGCUGUUGGUUGGUCUGUUGAACGGGAAAAUAGCAGCUUUAAGCUUUCGAACGUUACCCAAUUCAACUGUAGGGGAAUUCUUGCAGCUACCGGACAUUUGGACGGAAGAGGAUAGUUUGACUGUUUGUCAUAUGCAGUACGAAAUUGAUCUCGCUAACGAGCGUAUAUUAAUGUUGGCCGUCAAAGGAACGCAUUUGCUAGUUUUCACAACUAAUCUCGAUGGUGAAAUAAAAUCGGUGGCCAUUCAGAACAUGCACAAUUUUAUGAUAACAGGCCUCCAACAUCUCUUCAACUUUUACUAUGUUGUUUGUACCCUUCCUGGAUUGAUAUUUGGUGUGGAAAUCAAAUUCAUCAAAGGUGAUCAACUGGUGAUUGAGCUUAAUCCAAUAAAAACUGAUCUUAACGUGAGCAAAUUUUCAAUAUAUGGUGUAACCGCUACUAAAAAUCGUUCCUGUUGGUUGUUCCUUGGUUAUCCGUCGAAAAGUUUCGACCGGUUGAGUCUACGCACACCGACCGUCGUGUUCUUCUGUAAGUUUAGCGAUCGUGAUUCAUUGAAUAUUUUACUGGCAAACCAGUCACUUCGAAUGACUGAAUACUACGACUGCGCGGAAGUUAUUCGAUUCAGUGGCAAUCGCAACACAGCAACACUAAGUCAACUGGAAGCACUAGCGAACACUCGGCCGAGUGUUGAUGAUGCUUACGCGUAUCAUCUUAAAAUGCAACUUAUUCAACUUGGUGCACGGUUGAGCUAUUUCAAGAAACGUUGUCAAUCGAUAGCUGAAGUGUUGUUUCAACAAUCGCAAUUUGUUGCGAUGGUAAUUGAAAUUCUACAUGCGGCCAAAGUGAUAUACUAUUUCAUGUUCGUUCGUCAGUCCUUCCCCCAGUUGAGUUACAACCAACUGUUAACGAUUCGUUGCCUUCGUAACUACAUAAAAGAUUUCGUUGACGACAGCUUCCCAGGAGAUUUAGAGCAUGUUCACCUGUCACUCAAAACGGUAAUGGAAGAGGUACUUGCGCAUGCCAAUGAACUGCUGUCCAGCGCACCGCAGCAACCCUACCAUGAGGAGUGCUCAUUCUGUGGAGAAGCCAUCGCUGACACCAAGCAGAGUUGUCCGCAGAAUCAUCAAACCUUUCGCUGUUCUUUAACCAAGCAGCAAAUCCCAGUGCGGAAAGAGGAAACAAUGUGCGCUAUGUGCGACCGUAGCUCCCUGGAUGUUGAACUGUUAGGAGAGAUUUUCUACGGAGACGGUGGACAUUUAUCUAUCUAUUAUCGGUAUUGUUGUGUAUGUGAUUUGCCUUUCGAUAAACGCGUCUUGGUUUGACAAAUAAAUAUAUAGAACGCA